AUGUUGAGCAGCCUUUCUUGGGAUCCAAACCAUCAGAACCCGUUCUACACGAUUGUCUUGGUCCGCCAUCCACAUCAUGGCUUGGGUUUGAGUCUGAUGGAGAGUAGGGGCUGGGUGCGAGUUGUCGAGGUAUCGGACAAGAUAGCCGAUGUUGCCUCCAAGGGGAAUGUUGGGGAUAUUUUAAUUGGUGUCAAUGGGCUGACAAUCUCAGAAAUCUCGCCGCAGAAAGUUCAACAGCUAAGGCAAGUAGUGAACUUCUUGAGGAGUUGUCCAAGUCCCGUUGUGCUGCACCUUCAACAGGGGCAUCCAGAUAAUACCGCCUUGGUAACCAAAAGAGGAUCGAACGAACCAAAGCAAAGUUCCCCAGUGAAGCAACGUCAAAUGCGGGCUCAGAUGCACCCGCUGGAAAAAGCUAUUGCUUCCCGUGGUUUUCUGCGUUCUUCUUCAGUGCCAGCGCUGGAAACUACGCGAGCUCUUGCCCAGUUUUCGGAAAGGGCACGACAGUGGCAGUUGUCCAAUUCGUUCCUGGUUGACGUGACAACACUUAAACUCCAGUCUUCAUUGCAGAGCACAGCCUUUGAAACUCAACUGCCAACUCUGAGGAACCUCGUCGGCAACCCACACAGAAAUACAGAUAUUCCUAGCUACCGGCACUAUCCAACGCCAAAAACCACGACAAGCUCCAUUGGCUCCUUAUCCAGGGAUUCUACCCUAGAAUCUGAUUACUUCAAUCUUCCCAAUGCCGGUCCGUAUAUUGUAAUCCCUCUGGUUGGAGUUAGGAAAGCACUUUCUCCCAGGAUCUUGAAUUCUUUCUUGGACGGUGAACUUGUGGCAUUUACAAUGUGGGUCCGCGAUGCUGAGAGCGGCCGUGAAUGGUAUGCACCUUUGCGGUAUUUUCAAGACUUUCAAGACCUGCGAGAGGCAACAUCCAAUAUUUAUCCACUGGUCGAUGAUAUUCCUUUCCCUUCCCAAGCAUGGUCCCUGUUUGGACCAAGUGAUGCACCAGACUCAGAUGCGGCACGCGAAGCAAAACGCGCGCAGCUUGAAAGCUAUCUUCGAAGACUUUGCGGCAUGAUCUACAGAGAUGCUUUACACCCUGCCAUCAUUGAAGUUGCUAUCCAUUUGCAAUCUUUCCUUGGAUGUGACAGCGCGCUCAAGGGGGCCGACCAGUGGCCCUGUAUUCAGUCGUCAAAUGGCUUCAAAAACUCUAGCUGGGACGGAGUGAAACACAGCGAAUUGCAAGUCUGCACUCGGGAGUCUCUGAAGCGAAGCUUCGAGCUGUACACGUAUCGAGUGUUACUUCUUGAUUCUGUCCAGCAAGUUGUUGCCAAUUUCGUCAGUUCUGCCCGCGACAAUAGCCCAACUCUCUUGGAUAUCGAGUACAUGAACUCGGAUAAUCUCAAAAGAUUCUCCACUGAUUUACUCAAGAGAAUCAAAGCCGCAGUCGAUCAACUUCAAGGUCUGAUUCUGGAGGGAUGCUUCGACGAUUUCAAGGCCAUAGCAAAUGGCGAGUUAUACCGGUGUUUGCAUCCUUUAAUGUUAGGGGGUGGCCAGGGACAAGCGUAUCUGGACAGGCUUUUGCGAGAGGCGGUAAGAGAGCAAGUGGAGAUUGCUGUAUACUUACCGCUUCGUAGUACCACGUCCAGGCUGUUGGUUAAUGCUUGGAGACACGAAGACGCAGAGGUCGCAUUCAAGCUUCGGGAUCUGCGAAGUCGUCCUCAAGGUAGUUUUCACUUUGAACGUGAAAGGGGCGGGUUGUCAAGCUCAGUUUCAGGGCUGCUAAAGAAGGUUAGCUCGAGUGCGCUCCCGUGCGCAAAGCUCAGAGCUCUGUUUGAUGCUGCAAUGGAAAUAUCCCGAGUAUAUCAACCUGAUGAAUCGUCAUUGGAGAGCGGCGACCUAGAGCACUUUGGCGCAGACGAUUUCUUGCCCGCUUUGGUUCAUAGUGUGAUAAGAUCAGACAUCGAGCGACCCUUUGCAGUUUGUGCUCUGCUUCGUACAUUGUGUGACCAGGCGAAUCAAAUUGGAGAGGUGGGGUACUACCUUGCUUCUUUCGAGGCUGCAAUCACCCACAUUCGUGAAAUGGAUUUGUCCGAGAGUGACGAGUUCCUCACCUCGAUCCCUUCGUGGUGA